AGCAGACUUUGCCUUCUGCCUUUACGACAGCAAGAUGGCUGAACAAAAUGUCAAGUCGUUCCAGAAGCAGCCCACGAUUUUCCUGAACAGGAAAAAAAGUGUUAGCAAAGGUCGCAAGCCCACCAGGUACACUCGAAACGUCGGUCUGGGAUUCAAAACUCCUCGCGAGGCCAUUGAAGGUACAUACAUCGACAAGAAAUGCCCAUUUACUGGAAAUGUGUCCAUCAGAGGACGCAUAUUAACUGGUGUCGUGCUUAAACAAAAAAUGGAAAGAACAAUCGUCAUAAGACGAGAUUAUUUGCACUACAUAAGGAAGUACAACCGUUUUGAAAAGCGGCAUCGCAACAUGAGUGUCCACAUCAGUCCGUGCUUUAGAGAUGUUGAGAUAGGAGACGUUGUGACCAUAGGCGAAUGUCGUCCACUCAGUAAAACUGUCAGAUUCAAUGUGCUAAAAGUUUCAAAGGGAACUAGCUCAAAAAAGAAGUUCAAGAAAUAUUAAGAUCUCGUGAAUUGCGCUGAUACAGUGUUAACACCUGUUGUACAAGAUGUGUAUUAAUAAAAAAUUUUAUAAACUUAA